CUAUCGGUUCGGUUUUCAGCCCUAUCACGUAAGGUCAUAUUAAUUUUUCAAUCCGCCCAGUUGGACGUUUGGACAGUUUCCUUCCUCGCGCCGGUCGAUAAUGUUGGCCAACUAACACCGACCUGUAGCACGUCACCCGUAACAAGAACCUAGAACCGCAACCAGUCCAACUGUCCAAGAUGGGCCAGAAAGUUUCGCGCACCGACUUCGAGUGGGUGUACACGGAGGAGCCGCACGCCUCGCGGCGCAAGAUCAUUCUGGAGAAGUACCCGCAGAUCAAGAAGCUGUUUGGCCACGACCCCAACUUCAAGUGGGUGGCCGGCGCUAUGGUGCUCGUCCAGAUCCUGGCGCUGUUCGUCGUGAAGGAACUGUCGUGGUCGUGGCUCAUCGUGGCCGCCUACUGCUUCGGGGGCAUCGUCAACCACUCGCUAAUGCUGGCCGUGCACGAGAUCUCGCACAAUCUGGCCUUUGGACACAGCCGGCCCAUGCACAACCGGAUACUGGGCUUCAUCUGCAACCUGCCCAUCGGGCUGCCAAUGAGCAUUUCCUUCAAGAAGUACCACCUGGAACAUCACCGUUACCAAGGUGAUGAGGCAAUUGACACGGACAUACCCACACUGCUGGAGGCGCGCCUGUUUGACACCACAUUUGGAAAGUUUCUGUGGGUGUGCCUGCAGCCGUUCUUCUACAUUUUCCGUCCACUGGUGAUUAACCCGAAGCCCCCAAAUCGCCUGGAAAUUAUUAACACCGUGGUGCAGCUGACUUUCAACGCCCUGAUCGUUUACUUCUUGGGCUGGAAACCCCUGGCCUAUCUGCUGAUCGGUAGUAUUCUCGCCAUGGGACUGCACCCGGUGGCCGGACACUUUAUCUCGGAGCAUUACAUGUUCGCCAAGGGCUUCGAGACCUACUCUUACUACGGUCCGCUCAACUGGAUCACCUUUAAUGUGGGCUACCACAACGAGCAUCACGACUUCCCGGCGGUGCCCGGCUCCAGGCUGCCAGAGGUUAAGCGCAUCGCCAAGGAAUUCUACGAAACAAUGCCACAGCACACCAGCUGGACCCGGGUUCUUUACGACUUCAUCAUGGACCCAGCAGUGGGACCUUACGCACGCGUCAAGCGACGCCAGCGCGGCCUGGCCUCCUAGGCCAUCGAUGCUAUUCAAGGUUUCAUGCCAUGAAUGUAAUCUCAGCGUUAGACCUAAAGCGGCUUUUUUAUGUAUAUAUACAACGUAGAGACAUUUACAGCGGAUGCAGAAGAAAUAAGGGGAACAACCACAAGCACACAGCGCCAGCUAAUCGCUGUGAUUAGAUAAAGGUACUCAGACACUUGCAGCGGCUGAUAUGAACAAUUACGUGGAUAUAGAUUUUGGUAUUAAUGCUAGAGUGUGAGCUUCGUUAGGUUCGUUGGCCUAACUGAGAGACACUAUUGAGCGCUUUAAUUAAUUGUUACCUCAUAAAUUGGAAAGCCUGUUAAACCUAGUGUGUAAUAUUUGUCCUAUUAUACUAUUGUCUUAGUAUUUUCGAUACAUAUUUAUAUUGCUUUCAAAUCAUUAUGUGCAGACUCGAUUUGGUGUGAUUAUUCCUUAUCGCCACCCCGGCCAACAGCAAGCCACUAAUCAAGCAACCAACUACUAUUUUUGAUAAACUCUUGAAACUGUUACCUAAGAAUAAAGUCUAACUAAUUUGCCGGGGUGGCUGCAUGUACAGAAUACACUUUAAACUUGUAAGCAAAAUAAUGCAAUAAAUAAUAACAUCGUA